AUGACUUAUUCUACCAGAGAUAUUGCUCUAUUUGUGGUCGCCUUUUUCUUCUCACCCCUCGCAGUGCUCAUCAAGCGUGGAUGCGGAGUUGAUUUCUUGAUCAAUAUCUGCUUGUUUAUUUUUGGUGCCCUUCCUGGUAUUAUUCAUGGUUUCUACAUCAUUCACAAGUAC